GCCUUCGGCGGGGCCGCCAUGCUCCUGCCGCCGCUGCUGGUGCUGUUGGCGGCCCGGAUUUGGGCCGGGAGCGCCCCUGCCCGCAACGUGGUGCUGGUCACGUGCGACUCCUUGGAUGGAAGGCUCACAUUUCAUCCAGAAAAUCAGACGGUGACACUCCCUUUUAUAAAUUUUAUGAAAAGACACGGCACCCUCUUCCUCAAUGCGUAUACAAACUCCCCAAUCUGCUGUCCAUCGCGAGCAGCAAUGUGGAGUGGCCUCUUCACUCAUCUAACAGAAUCUUGGAAUAAUUUCAAGGGUCUCAAUCCAAAUCACACCACCUGGAUGGACCUCAUGCAGAAGCAGGGUUACCAUACCCAGAAGUUUGGGAAACUGGACUACACCUCAGGCCAUCACUCCGUUAGCAAUCGCGUGGAAGCCUGGACCCGGGAUGUUCAUUUCUUGCUGCACCAAGAAGGCAGACCUAUGAUUAAUCUGAUCCCCAAUAAGACGAAAGCAAGAGUGAUGGAAGAAGAUUGGCAGAACACAGAUCGAGCCGCAAAUUGGUUAAGAAAAGAAGCAGCUAAUUUUACUCAACCCUUUGUCCUGUAUUUGGGUUUGAAUCUUCCACACCCUUAUCCUUCACCCUCUACAGGGGAAAACUUCGGCUCCUCUACAUUUCAGACAUCCCCUUAUUGGCUUGACAGAGUGCCUUAUGAAACCAUCAAAAUUCCAAAAUGGUUACCUCUCUCGGAAAUGCACCCUGUAGAUUAUUACUCUUCGUACACCAAAAACUGUACUGGGCAUUUUUCACCAAAAGAAAUUCGAGAUAUUAGAGCCUUUUAUUAUGCUAUGUGUGCAGAAACAGAUGCCAUGCUUGGUGAGGUGAUUUUGGCCCUCUACCAAACGGGGCUGCUUCCGAAGACUGUUGUCAUCUUCACCUCAGACCAUGGAGAGCUGGCGAUGGAGCACAGGCAGUUUUACAAAAUGAGCAUGUAUGAAGCAAGUUCCCACGUUCCCCUUCUCAUGAUGGGCCCAGGCAUCCGAGCGAACCGUCAAGUGCCAAACCUAGUUUCUCUCGUGGAUAUCUACCCUACGAUGCUUGAUAUAGCCGGAGUUCCUGCCCCUCGCAAUCUGAGUGGAUACUCUUUGCUCCCGCUGUCCUCCGAGGAGUCUAAAUCUGACACUUCAUCCCCAAACCCACGCCCUCCGUGGGUUCUGAGCGAGUUCCACGGCUGUAAUGUGAACGCUUCCAGCUAUAUGCUGCGAGCUGGCAAAUGGAAAUACAUCGCCUACACGGACGGCACUUCAUUAUCGCAACUGUUUGAUCUUUCUACCGAUCCAGACGAGCUAGCAAAUGUGGCUACGGCAUUUCCAGAAGUCACUCGUUCUUUGGACCAGAAACUUCGUUCUAUUGUAAACUACCCCAGAGUUUCUGCUUCUGUCCACCGGUACAACAAGGAACAGUUUAUUAUUUGGAAACAAAGCGUAGGACACAACUACUCAGACAUUAUAGCAAACCUUAGGUGGCAUCAGGACUGGCAGAAAGAACCAACGAAGUAUGAAAGUGCAAUUGAUCGGUGGCUUAAAACUAACCCCAAUCUAUAAAAAAGCAACAAGUCAGACCUAUAUUUUUAUAUUCACUUUUAUAAAUAUAUUUUGAUAUUUGGACUUUAAUGUUGACUUAUAAAUGUAUGUACUAAGUGAAAAUGAUUGUCCUUUGAAGUAUUUUUGUAUCUUUUUUUGAUCUCUGCAUUCUCACAAACAAUAUUUUAGUGCCUGCAGUUACAUGUUAUCAGAAAUAAUGCCAUCUUAAAAUGGUUGGUGUUAAAUGCAAAACAGAAAUCAAGAAGAAGUGGAAAAGAUAAAGGCUGGAAUACAAAGUCAAUUUCCUCUGGAUAAUAGAAAAAUAUCUGUAACUAUUCAUCGAGCAGAGUUUAU